GAGCGGAGCAUCAUUUUCUCACAGAGCUCUACAUGAGGAGACAUGAUUUGGAUUACCUUGUUCUGGCUCUAUGUGUUUCCAAAUGUACUUGCAUUACCCAACCGUACUGUGGACAUAAACAAUGCCACACUUAAUGACUCUGAGAUGGUGGCGGAUGGUUUUGAAGCGGCAUCCCUCCAUAACCAGAAGGAAAAGUGCACAGUGCCAUGUGAGAUGACAGCAAAGCUCAUGCUGGAUGAAAAGCAUUCUCUGUGCAGUAACCUCCAGCAUGCCAUGACAACCUACACCAGAAGUACCAGAAAGCUGAUCAGAGAUCUGAUUGAUGAACAGCAGAAGACCCUGGAAUUCCUGUCCAGUCAGGUAAUGGAGCUAACGACCAAGGUUCAGAUGUUGAGUUUAGAGGUGCAGAGAAACAAUAACGACAUGUUUUCCCUGAAGCCCACGCACGCUCACGGAAGGGACUGCAGCGACAUCAAGGAAACAUUAGAAGCCGUGUCACCCAAAAUUCCAAGUGGAGUUUACAUCAUUCAGCCCGACAACUCUGAACUUUUGUUUGAGGUGUUCUGUGAGAUGGAUUACAUGGAAGGAGGCUGGACGGUAAUCCAGAGACGAACUGAUGGCCUUACCGACUUUAAGCGAACGUGGUCAGACUAUCUGGAUGGAUUUGGAUCUCUACCAGGAGAACACUGGCUUGGGUUAAGGAAGUUGUUCAGUAUUGUUAAUCAGAAGAACACACGAUUCCAGCUACACAUAUCCCUCGUCUCUCAGGACGACUCCACUGCGUACACGUCCUACGACAACUUCUGGCUCGAAGAUGAGACCAAAUUCUUUGCAAUACAUCUUGGCAGAUACGCCGGAAGUGCAGGUGAUGCCUUUAGAGGAUACGACCAGGAGCAGAACCAGGACACGGCACCUUUCAGCACCUUAGAUGUGGACAAUGAUGGCUGCAUUCCAUUCUGUAAAUUUAACGACACGGUCAUGGAGAGCUGCAGCACACAUUACAACAACACAGGCUGGUGGUUUAACCAGUGCGGCCGGGCGAACCUCAACGGGUCGCCUCUGGAUCAGGAUCGUUCGGCUCAGCCGUACCUUCACUGGGACACGUGGACUAAAAAUGGAGAACCUGUCAGCAUCAAGUCUGUAACAAUGAAGAUCAGAAGAGUGGAAGGAUCGAACCUGAAAUAGGAUUUAUGAGACUGUGAUGGGAGAAGCUUUAGUUGCUGUGGAAAUAAACAUAAAACUAUUACAUGCUGAAGUGUAAAGGGAUUGUUUUGAGAAUAAAUAUUAAUGUGUAAUUUGUCCUUAUUUGAACCCUGGUUGGCUGGCUGGAAUGAAACUAUUAGCCCAUUUUAGGAUUCAGUGUUACGGAUGAAGACUGACCUGUUUAUAGAAACUAAAACUGUGUGUUCCAGAUCUAUUGGUGGGUCUGAUGAUUAGUGUUUGUGUUGGAUGAUGAAGAUCAGCUGCCAGCAUUCCUUGAAUCCGUGAAAAACAUAAUUCGAUGCACUUUAAGCCCAUGUUGUAGAGUUUAAGUCAAUGAGUUACACUUAUAAAUGGACACGUGAGUCAUGUCGUUGGUUUUUUAUUAAUUUCAACUGUUCUUUCUCUCUAUACAUGAAUAAUUAAAAACAAAUUUAAGUCUGUAAUAUGUUUAUUGUUUCUUUGCUAAAUCAAAAAAAUACAUUCAGUAACUUAGAUUUUGAAAGUUCUAUAAAGUCAUUUAACUGGUUGGCCUCCUGAUUCCUUUUCUCAUCUCUGUGCAGGCGCCAUCAAUCAGUCAGCAGAGGUCGUAAUUGCACCAGUCAUGGGAGAGAGACCCCAUCCGGCUUAAUCCCGCCCAUAUCUGAACAACAGGC